AUGAAUGCCGUCGUUGUUGGUAGCCGUUUACAAACAGUAGGUGAUAGCCAUCUCUACGCUGCAAAACAGGAACCCAAAAGAAGAGAUGGAUGCAUUUCCGAGUCCCUUCUCAUCAGGAUUCUCAAUACUGUAGUGAAAAAGCGCUUUUACGCACCAACGUCCUCAACAGCUUCGCCGCCGGCCCUCCUCUUUCUAAUAAGCGACUCCAAAAAGAACUCGCCCGCGCGAUACGAGCUCCUCACCAGCGGCCCCGCUGCGACGUACGAAAAGCCCAUCGCCUCUCCCUCGACCUUCCACGCGUCAAACUCCUCCGGCGUGACCCACUGCUCGACCUUCAAGUGCUUCUUCGACGGCCUCAAGUACUGGCCCAGGGUGAUAACUUCCACGCCCACGUCCCGGGCAUCUUGCAUGGUGCGGCGAAUCUCGGCCUCGGCCUCGCCUACGCCCAGCAUGAUGCUCGUCUUCGUGACGACGUGCGGACGGACCUCCCGCGCGCGCUCCAGGACGCGCAUUGUCUGGGCGUAUCCCGCACGGCGGUCGCGCACAAACGGCUGCAAGCGCUCCACCGUUUCGACGUUGUGGGCAAAAACAUCCAGGCCCGACGUGACGACACGGUCCACACAGUCUUCAUCGCCCGCAAAAUCCGGGGACAGCGUCUCCACCAGCAAGUCCGGCUGCUCCCUCUUGAGCGCCUGGACAGUCCUCGCGAUGUGA